AGUCACCAAAUUUACAAAUUAUUUGUUACCAUCUAGUGACAGCUAAUUUCAUGUAUAACGGCCUUUAUGGGCCUUUAGCCUAUCACGAGUGUUAAUUGUGGCCGACAGAUAGCACUAGUAUGCUAUUUGUUGACUUCAAAUUACGCGUACGUUACGGCAUAAUUCACAUCACGAUACAUUCAAGCUUCAAAUUUAAUAUGUAGUGAAAUUAAGUAGUCAAAUUAAGUUAAGUAUCCUCGAUACGCGAAAACCAGUAGUCAUGCGUUACGCAAAAUGUCUCGAUCUCUUGAAAUUUACCGCUUUGGCGUAUCACAUAUGCGGAAAAGUAACUGCGGCCGACGACAAUUCGAACAAUUUCGGACAGAUGUACAAAUGGAAAAACUUACAAGACGGUUUCGCGGAAGCGAAAGUUUCCAGAAAGCCGAUAUUUCUUCUAAUUCACAAGGCUGGCUGCCCCACUUGCGAGAAACUGAAGCCGAAGUUUACGAACUCCAUAAGAAUCCUUGAUCUCAGCAAACACUUUGUAAUGGUGAAUGUGAAGAAAUGUGAAGUACAAGACGAAGCAAGAUUUCAACCAGAUGGAACUUACGUUCCAAGAAUUCUUUUCUUUACGCCGGACGGCGAAUUCAUGGAAGAUGUUUAUAAUCGCCAUCCGAAAGCAGAUGAUAAAUACAAAUACUUCUACAGCAAUACCAGUCAGAUAGUAGAUAGCAUGAUUUUGGCAUUGGAACGUUGUUCCAAAGACUCGCGAAUCAAAAUUCUUCAUGACAAAAUCGGAAAAGUGUAA